GAAUGAUAUAAAGCUGCAAAAUUGACUCUUAAAUCAUUCGAUUGGAUUCUAGAAAACAAAAUUCAAAGCUUUGUUUGUAGAACCACUGGAAACUGGUAACUUCAAUCUUCGCCUCAGAUGAGGACCCGAAAUGCCGAUUCGGCUUCCAAAUCCGCAACCCCUAAGAGGACACCGCCGCCGAGGAAAGCCGCCGCUAAAGCCACCGUUGAAUCUCCCGCGGCCAAGCGCACGCCUCCUGCAUCCAGAACAAGAAGCGCUAAGAAGACGGAGGCAUCGCCCACAUCGGACCCUGUAUCCGAUUCCAAUCCGAAUCAAACUCGUCCGGAGAAGAAGGUGUUAGCCAGUGCUAGCACGACAAAAUCUGCGAAGAAGAAGGCGGCACCAAGGAGGUCGAGAGCUAAAGCGGUUGCCACUCCGAAUUUGGGAGAGGAGUUGGAGGCAGAAGCUGGAGAAACUUCAGUUGUAGGUAAUGUUGAGGCAGAAGCUGAUGUAACUCCAGUAGUGGAUAAUGCUGAGGCAGCAGAGGGGGGACAAGGUCUUGGGUCUGUUGAGUUAUCUGAUGAGAAGGGGCAGAAGUCCAUGGAAGUGGAUGAGCCUUUUCUUGAAAAAGAUGGUGAAUUGGCUGAAAUGGGAAGGAGCGUGAUGGAAGUUGACAUAGCUGCGUCUGGUGAUGCUUCUGUUGAUUUUAAGCAACCUGAGCAUGCUAUUGUGGACCUCAAUAUAUCUACGGUGGAUAAUGAAGAUUCGACUGGUGUAAAGGAGGUAGAGGAAGAGUUGAAAGUACAGGAGAGAGAGGAAGGAAAGAACGAAUUGGAACAACAGAAAGGAGAGGAAGAGUUGAAAGAACAUGGAGGGGAGAGAGGAGAGGAAGAGUUGAAAGAACAGGAAGGGGAGAGAGGAGAGGAAGAGUUGAAAGAACAGGGAGGGGUGAGAGGAGAGGAAGAGUUGAAAGAACAGGAAGGAGAGAGAGGAGAGGAUGGGUUGAAAGAGCUGGAAGGAGAAAAAGGAGAGGAAGAAAUGAAAGAGCAGGAAGGAGAGAGAGGAGAGGAUGGGUUGAAAGAGCUGGAAGGAGAAAAAGGAGAGGAAGAAAUGAAAGAACAGGAAGGAGAGAGAGGAGAGGAUGGGUUGAAAGAGCUGGAAGGAGAAAAAGGAGAGGAAGAAAUGAAAGAACAGGAAGGAGAGAAAGGAGAGGAUGGGUUGAAAGAGCUGGAAGGAGAAAAAGGAGGGGAAGAGUUGAAAGAACCGGAAGCUGAGAAAAGAGAGGAAGGGUUGAAAAAGCUGGAAGGAGAGAAAGGAGGGGAAGAGUUGAAAGGACAGGAAGGAGAGGAAGAGUUGAAAGAAGAGGAGCAUGAGAAAUCAAAGGUAGAGGAAACUCACAUUUUCGGACAGGAAGAGCACUCUAACGCUGACUCUAAAGUAGAAGUAAAAGUCCAGUUGCAAAAAGAUGUUAUUUCUGAAAAUUACGGUGGUGAAGGGCCAAAAAGUGGUGAAAUGUUAGAUAGUGGAGAACAAGGGACGGAGGAGCCUAUUGAGGAAGAUCCAGAGGAAGAUCCGGAGGAAGACCCAGAAGAAACUGAGACAUUGGAGGGGCAUAUGCAAUUGGAAGCACUUGCAAAGCAGCGAAAAAUUAAGAAAGAACAUGAGAUAUUUGUUGGUGGACUGGAUCGCGAUGCUACAGAGGAAGAUCUGAGAAAGGUUUUUCAAAGGAUUGGGGAGGUAGUUGAAGUCAGGUUGCAUAAAAAUUCUUCGACAAAUAAAAAUAAGGGCUAUGCUUUUGUGAAGUUUGCUAAUAAGGAGCAUGCCAAAAAAGCUUUGUCUGAAAUGAAGAACCCUGUUAUACAUGGAAAACGAUGUGGCAUUGCGCCUAGUGAGGACAAUGCCACAUUAUUCUUGGGAAAUAUUUGCAAUACUUGGACAAAGGAAGCUAUUAAACAGAAGUUGAUGGAUUAUGGUAUUGAAGGGGUUGAAAAUAUCACCCUCGUCUCAGAUGUUCAACAAGAAGGCUUGAGCCGGGGCUUUGCAUUCCUGGAGUUCUCUUGUCAUGCUGAUGCGAUGAAUGCAUACAAGAGGCUUCAAAAGCCUGAUGUCAUCUUUGGACAUGCCGAGAGAACUGCCAAGGUAGCCUUUGCUGAACCAGUACGUGAACCAGAUCCAGAGAUAAUGGCACAGGUGAAGUCUGUGUUUAUUAAUGGUCUCCCUCCUCACUGGGAGGAAGAUCAAGUGAGGGAGCUGUGUAAAUCGUAUGGUGAAAUUGUAAGAAUUGUUUUAGCACGGAGUAUGUCUACAGCCAAGAGGAAGGAUUAUGGAUUUAUUGAUUUUUCUACACAUGAAGCGGCUGUAGCUUGUGUUGAUGGUGUAAAUAAAUCCGAAUUGGGUGAUGGGGCCUCAAAGAUAAAAUUGAGAGCUAGGCUUUCAAAUCCUUUGCCUAAAACACAGGCUGUGAAGGGUGGCAUGUGUGGUGGCUUCCGAAUCGGCCAUGCUAGGAGUGGAGCCUUUCCAAGAUCUGGAAGAGGUUUUGGGCGCGGGAGACAGCCCUUCAGCAACCGGGGAAAUUUCAAUAGGAACAGGAGUUUUUAUCAUACUGGACACAGUCAUAGUGGACGAGUGGGUUCUCGGAGUGACCUUGAUUUUAAUAUGUAUCCAGAUUUCCGUCAGAGGCAAUUUGGUCCACAAGCUGAAGCUAUGAUGGGUGGUCAUUAUGCUGCUAGCCGAGGUGCUGCAUUUGCUGGUCCAUCUAGACAUUAUCAAGAUAGAGCAUGGUAUGGUAUGGCUGAUGGAGGCCCUAGUGAGCCUAUUCCUUCUAGAAGGCCCUAUUCCCCAGGUGGACAGUUUGACACACCUUUUAUGGGAAGACGUUUUGAUGAUCCAUAUCUAUAUGAUGACAAUAUGCAUGGGAUGAAACGUCCAUUUUAUAUGACGGACCCUGAGCCUGAUUACAUGGGGCCUAAUAUGGUCCGCCCCCGGUUGGAUUAUGCUGAUCCGUCUGUACUUCAUGGAACUCGUUAUCAUGAUUCUUUUGGGGCCAGCAGCAGACAGUACCCACCACAAGACUAUUACGGUUCUGAUUAUGGUAGUGGUCGAUACUCAUCUUUUUAUCAGAGUGAUGGCUCACGUGGGCGUGGGCAUGGGCAUGGGCAUGGAUACUACUGAUGCGAAAAACGUUUCGGUGGAUCGGGAAUUGUUGGAUGGACAUCUUCAACUAUGAGCAUGCGGCUUGAGCAUACAAUUUUGAAGUUGCUUUUUAAUUCUAUACACUUCUCGCUCUUAUUCCUAUUCCGCCAGUUUUCUUACUAUAUAUAUCCAUUAGAUCAUAGGUGGUAAUGGUAUAGACUAGAUUUAUGCGUAGGCUGUCUCUGUGGUCUUCGAGGAGGGUAUUAAUUAGAUUUAUAUGGAACAGGCUAGAUUUCCUGCAUUUACUAAGGUUUUACUAAGGCACGAUGAGAUCAGGGACUUGUAUUUGAGGAUGCUUUGUUAAAUGCACAACAUAAUUUUUAAUUUAUCAAGUAUAAUUUUAAUGAUCAGAAA